GUAGCAAGAGAGCAGCUAUGCUGAACAAAAGCAAAGCCAUUUAAAAUGCACCACAGAAUAAAAUAAAGAAUUGCAUCUCUUGGAAAAUGCCGCAUUGAGUAGGAGCGAAUGCCAGCAUGAUUGAGAUCUGACCAACCGUGUCAAUACUUCAGGUGUGGAGGAGGGGCCUAACAUAGUUAACAUCUGCUGAGCUACCAUGGCAGCCCCGUCUGCUUUGGUGCCCUCCUCAAUGAUGUCGCUACCACAGGUAAUUGAGUCCACAGUCAUGAGUGAACCCCAGUGCUACUACAAUGAAAACAUUGCCUUCUUUUAUAACCGGAGUGGAAAAUACUUAGCCACUGAAUGGAACACUGUCAGCAAGCUUGUGAUGGGACUGGGUAUUACCGUCUGUAUCUUCAUAAUGCUAGCCAAUCUCUUAGUUAUGGUGGCUAUUUAUGUCAACCGCCGCUUCCACUUUCCUAUUUAUUACUUAAUGGCGAACUUAGCUGCUGCAGACUUCUUUGCAGGGCUGGCCUACUUUUACCUAAUGUUCAACACGGGACCCAACACUAGAAGAUUGACUGUAAGCACCUGGCUUCUUCGCCAGGGUCUCAUUGACACUAGCCUGACGGCCUCUGUAGCCAAUUUGCUGGCCAUUGCUAUUGAGAGGCAUAUUACGGUCUUCCGAAUGCAGCUGCAUACUCGGAUGAGCAACCGACGAGUAGUGGUAGUAAUUGUUGUCAUCUGGACGAUGGCCAUUGUGAUGGGUGCUAUACCAAGUGUCGGCUGGAACUGUAUCUGUGAUAUCACUCACUGCUCCAAUAUGGCGCCACUCUAUAGUGACUCUUACUUGGUUUUCUGGGCUGUUUUCAACCUGGUCACUUUUUUGGUUAUGGUGGUCCUAUAUGCUCAUAUCUUUGGGUAUGUCCGCCAAAGGACUAUGAGAAUGUCCAGACACAGUUCUGGGCCCCGCAGAAAUCGGGACACCAUGAUGAGUCUCCUGAAGACCGUGGUCAUUGUGCUUGGUGCUUUUAUAAUCUGCUGGACCCCAGGAUUAGUCUUGUUGCUCCUUGAUGUUUGCUGUCCUCAGUGUAAUGUCCUGGCCUAUGAAAAAUUCUUCCUGCUACUUGCUGAAUUCAACUCUGCCAUGAACCCCAUCAUCUACUCCUACCGGGACAAAGAAAUGAGUGCUACCUUCAAACAGAUCCUCUGCUGUCAGCGCAGCGAGAAUGCCAACGGCCCCACCGAAGGCUCUGACCGCUCUGCUUCAUCACUCAAUCACACCAUCUUGGCUGGAGUACACAGUAAUGAUCAUUCUGUGGUUUAAAAAGGAACUGAAAGAUCAAAAAGAACCACAGAGAAUUUUUAUUGAUGGAUGAACAAUAACAGGCUAGAAAACCACAUAGAGAGGGCUGGGCACAAGGAAAGUAACAAACUCACAAGACAUUCUUAAAUACUAAUGGACUACAGUACUCUCUUUUUCCAGAAAACCCACCCACGCACAACCCCAGCCAUGUAUGCAGAACUGGCCGUGCUAUAGCCCUCGUCCUUUGUUCUACUUUCUGAAACUAGAAAGCAGAUUCCUUGCAAUGGAAUUCAUAAGUAGCACUAGGAAAGUCUUAUUUAGACUACACUAACUAGACUCUGUCAGAAUAUGCUUUGUCUUGGUGCCAGUUGAAAUCAACUCUGAUUAAUUAAGCGUAUACCUGCUUCACUGCAUUUACAUGUAGACACUUAGUCUUGUUUUUUUAAAAAAAAGAAUGCAUUUCAUUUAAUAAAUACUUAAUAUUUAUCACCAUCCGCAUGCUUGUGAUGGACAUUAACUGUGCAGGGAGAAAAAAACAUGCUGUAGUCUUUGUAUUCUUAGCGACACUGCCAUAACUACAACAAAACAAAAAUAUUUUUCUAAUACAGGCCACAGGAAAAUGAUGGAAAUUCCGACUCUUCCUACCUUCUUUACUGGUGUUAGAGCACACGUGUUCUGUGUGAUGGCGGAUUGUUUUAAUUCAGAAAAAGAUGCUCAUUGUAACGUCCGCAGGAAAGUAGAAAAGCAUAGACUGUAUUACAGUGUUUGUUUAGAUUAUGAAAUAAACAGUACUCUAGUCACAAGG